GUUUUGAAGACUCGGGACCAUGGUUUACUAUUUUGUCGUGGAGAUGGUUAUGAUUUUGCUUGUAAUUUAGUGGCGGGCAAGCUGGAUGAGCUUGCUUUGACGCAUUGCGGCUUUGUUUCAUCUUCCCUUGGGAUACAUUUGCAUGCGCCUUUUCCUUUUCUUUUUAGAAAUUCACUUUUUUCUUCUCUAGAGGAGAUUAGUAUUUCACGCUUCUGGAAGUUUGCGGAUUUCAAUCUAUGCAACUUUCUCUAUCAUUACAGACCAAGCUUUAGUAAUCGUCUUUUGCACUCAACAAUAAGACAGUGAUAUACACGACCUCUCCUGUCCUUCGCUGUGCUUGUCUUUCUCUGUUUGUUUGCGAGGGAGUUCAAGAUGUUACAAUGGAUGGGUGGAUCAAGGCGAAAAGUGACCACUUCACGGAAGUCUACACAUAAGAGACAAAAGCAAUAUUUUGAACAAAGGAAACGGCAACAACAGGAGCUGGUAGCUGGGCUUGAGAACAAUGCUGAUGGAGUAAACCCAGCUAAUCGACAUCAGAAAGAACAGCGAUCAUUGGAUAUUCUCAGUUUGCUGAACUUGUCAACAUUUGCUCAAGAAUGCAAUGGUCCUUAUCCAAGUGUUAAAUCCAUAUGCUGUUUUUAUCCCUGGAUAUUCUUUUCGUAAAACCAUACAAGGGAGGGGGGACAUGGAAGUCAAAGCUUCAAGACUGGAUCAUAUCAUGAAAGGUCUGCCAACAAAGCCUAAUGGAACAACUGCUUCUGGAGAUUCCAUAGAAAUUACAAGAACAAGUACGUAGAUGUGGUCUGUCUUCUCCACUCUUGGAAUGAAGGUCUACCUUUUGGAUAUAUCAGGUUAUUUAAACUUGUUAAAUGGUUUUGAGAUGUUUUAUUAUACUGUCUUGCUGCUUAAAUAGGAAGUGCAUCGGGCGAACACAUGGAGACUAUAUCUCCAAAGAAGUGAGUUAUGAGCUUGUUCAUACACCCUUGUCUUUUUAUGGAAUGCUUUCCCUCCUGUUCACACAUGGAAACAAAAACUACCAAAAACCUAGAGAUGGAAAAAUAGCUUUCAUGUGCAUCUACUAUUUACUCAAGAUGACUACAAUAAUUUGAAAAAGAUUGAAUAAAAUGCAUAGCAUCAUUUUGGUUUGUGAUUUUUCAUCAUAUGGAAAUUUUCGUUCCUUGUAACUUCUAAUGUGAAUGUAUAAAGGAUGAAUCAUUGUCUUCAAAUGUCUGACAUUCAAUAAUUCAAUAAUUAAUUGUCGUAAAAAUAUUCAAAUCUUUGAACUCAUAGCCUGAGGAGUUCACGUUGUAGUUGCAUCUCAUCUAAAUGGUUGAAAUUUGAGACCAACUUCUUUAUAAUCUUACUGUUUUUCUUACAUGCCUAAAUCUUUUAUUAUUUUCCAAGAGUGCAAAGCUACCCUUGAUAAAAGUUGAUGCCUUUACAUGCUCACAGGGUUCAUUAGCACACCUGAGAAUUGUGACAAUUCUCUCACUGGAAGUGAUAAGAAACAAGAUCUCUCAAUGGAAGCUCCUGACCAACAAUUAUCUGUGUUUGAUUUGCUUAGUGAUGAUGGACCAGAUGGCGGCCAGGGAGGAAGUCCAGUGUUUGAGGCUCAUGUUGCCUUUUCGGUUGAAGGUUUAGGAAAAGUUGGAAUAGAAACGCCAAGACAUUCACCAAAACAACCUGAGAGGAUCCUUUCCUAUCAAUGCUCGUCGCCGUGGAAGGCGGCAAGGCCGCCUAAUUCAUCUAAAAACUUCAGUUACAUUCUGGAUGAUCUUGAACUUGAAGGGGAAGCAAUAUUCCAAGAUGAUAAUAUGCCCCUAAGUGGAAGUUCUCUGGAGUUUCCAAUAGGUGUCUUUGAUUCUUGUAGCAAUGAAAUGCCCAAUUUAUACAGUGUCAGAGAUGAUGCCAAAUAUAGAAGUGAAGUACAGAGAUAUUUCUUUAACACAAAAAUCUACAACAUUGGACACGACAGAGGAGAUAUAUGGGAUGAUAAGCCUAGCUUUCUAGAUGAUGACUUUGUUUAUGAAACCGAACAUGAUAUACCGUGGAAUAGUGGGUCAUAUCAUUUGGAUGAGAGUUUGACUGACUGUGUGAAAUAUGGAAAUGGCGAUGUGUCAGAUCAUGUAUUUGGAUGCCCUUAUCCACUGAAGAAAAGGGAUUAUGUAGGAGCAACAGAGAAAUUCAAUAUCUUAGGAUCACCAUUUCCAAGACACCAAACAUCAGAAAACUAUCUUGAUUUUGUAUCAUUCGGUGAACCAAGUGGCAGGCAUCCUAACUCGGGAAGGACCUUUGGUUUUGAAGAUGUAACUAAUAAUGCUGACUGGUCAUACUCUGCGGCUGAAGAUGCCAGGGAUAAUUUGAGCCUGCCGAGCGAAGAAUCAUGCUCAUCUAGUGCAGUGAGGGGUGAGGCUAUCAGUACUCCACUAAUCGCAACAGAGAGAACGAGUAGAAAAGACACCCAUGUUUUUCACAGCCCAGGAGAUAAAUAUCAUAUAAGCAACAUUUUUGCUGAAGGAAAACAUGGAAAAAGUAAGGAUGAAAUUCACAGGGGUAAUGUGCAAGGAUCAGGAAAAUUUACCAGGACUCUAUUUUUGGGAAAUUCAAAACUGUCUAAUCACAUAUCCUCUUCCUUCCCAAGAAAAUAGAGGCAGAGAGGCGUUGGUUGCCUGAAGAAGAAUAUGAUUUUGGUGAUUUAAUUUUAGGAUUCAGUUCUUUCUAUCAGGCCUAACAUACCAAACUUCCAUUCCCAGAAUCCUGGUUAUGGGGCAAAGAUUCCUUUAAUUCAUUUCCUGUUCCAGAGUUAUGUACUGAUAACUAAUCUUCUUCUAAUCUACACAAACAUGGUGAGUUUGUUGAUCAUUCACCUUGAUUGUUCUUUUGCAUUGAAGUUAUUAGACCAUCUGCCAUUUAGACACAUGGAGACUGUUGAAUCCCCCACAAUCUCAAAGGUUGAUUUUCAGCCAACCAAGCCAGAUUAAUCUCCAGGUUUUGAGUUGAAAGGCAUGCCUCUAUAUUCAUCUGACGUUACUUGUUUUCUUGGAGAGACACAGGCUUCUGAUUUAUUAAUAGAAGGAAGCAUAAACAGAGAAGAAAAUAAUUCAAGAUUUCAAUCAGCUAACUGUAAACAACUUGAACUAGGAAAAGAAAUUUGCAAUGAGAUCAGCAACUUCGUUCCAAAGGAAAAUAGGACAGCAGAUGCUUAAAUUUUUUAGGACACUAGACGGAAGGAAGCAAGCGGUGGAAUAUUAGAACUGGAUUCAGGAGGAGAGUCUAGAAGGUUCCCGUUCUCCAGAUCAUGAAGAGGAGAUAUAAUCAGCUGUGGAGAUUUCCCAUUCUCCGGAUCAUGAAGAGUAGAUAUAAUCAGCUGUGGAGAUUUCCCAUUCUCCAAAUCUCCAAGCAUUGCGAGAGCAGCAUAAUGGUAGUGUAAGAUAGACAAAUUUGGAGCCGUUCUCUUCUCUUGCCUUUAUUAUUAUUUGAUCCUAUCUGUUUUAUCUGAGCUACACUUAAAAAAGGCUCGUACUAUUAUUAGAUAUCAACAAUAGUAACCAUUUUAUCGGACCUA